AUGUGCAUCUUGAUGAACCCUCUUCUGGCGCUAAGCAUGUUUGUGAUUACAAAUUCCUUGGCCAUAAUCGCCUUAUGUCGCUACAGAGUCACGUUCAGCAGAAGAAGACCAAAAGCUUUGGUAAUCGCAGGCAUUAUCAACGGAAUACGGAUCAUGGACUUGGCAAUUACGCUGCCACAUUUUAUCACCCGCAAACUCGUUAAAAUAUCUGAAAAUCAGUUCAGUUGCUCGUCACAUUUUCCUGGGGACUCUUCCGCAAAUUAUAACAAGUACUCAUUUGUUCGCUUCGUGUUCACGUUUGCUGUUCCCUAUUUCGUUAUACCGUCAGCUUACAUUGCACUGACCAUCAAGUUGAAGUUACACGUUCAAAGAAUUGACAAAGAAGUCGACGAUGAAAGUAAUGUAGGUUUUUCAGUUUUUAUAGCGUUAAAUGGCACAGUAAAGUCUUACGGAGUAUAUAGACUUGAUAAACGGAUUGAUAACAACACGGCUGAGCCAGAAGAAAGGAAAAAAAACUUACAAAACCGACGGAGAAAUGGUAAGAUGGUCAUCGAUACAGCUGAAAAUCAUUUAAUGAAAAUGGUUUUGUACUAA